UAAAAAUAAAAAAAAAAAUAAACUUUAACUCUUUUUUCUUUCUUUUUUUUUUUACCAUAAUUAAUGGUCUAUUCAAUUUUUAAAAGUUUCGUUAUAGUGCAUAUCGCAUUUUGCCUAAAAAAAUCACAAAAGCAUAGAUGAUUAUAUAAAGCCAACAUCUUGUCGUUAGUAAAUUUAAACCUUUUUCUAAAUUUUCUAAAAAUUCUAAAUUCUUAAAUAUAACAAAAUAACUUUUUAAUUUCUUUAAAUUUUUCUUUUAACUCAACGAGAAAAAUACGUCAUCAUCACUCAUCAUCAAUCAAUCAUCAAUCAUCAUGACAAUCAUAAUGCCAUAUUUAACAAGCGAACAUUAUGCACCAUAUCAAAUCAGUGAUUAUAGGAAUGAAAAUCACGAAAAAUUUUCACAAAUUGUUAGUAAAAUAGUUUCAUCAUAUAUUGAUGAUGCAACAUUACUUAAAAUUAAACAACAUACUACACUUUCCCUUUAUGACCUUUUAACUCCCCUUGAAAAUCAUCGUACUUCGAAAAUACCAAGACCACAAAAUAGUUUUGUCAUAUAUCGAAGAAAUUUACAAGCAAAAAUGGCAUUAUCACAAGCUGCAAAUUCUUCAUUUGAUAGAUUAGAUAAGAUUUCAAAAGUUGCAGGAAACAGAUGGAAAAAUGAAACCAAAGAAAUCAAAGAACUUUUUGCAUUCCUCGCUGAUUGUGCAAAGAAAGUUCACAAUUGUAUCUUUCCUGGAUACGUUUAUAAUCCGAAAAGAUAUCCUACGAUAAAAAUACCAAUGAAAUCACCUUCAUCUGAUAAUCCAUACGUUCAUCAACAAACAUCUUCCUAUAUUACAACCAAUUAUAAUUCAUUCACUUCAUCACAAUUUAAUAAUUUACCUUUAACUCUUGAAAUUACACCAAAUUUUAUGAAUUCUUAUGAUGAUAAAAUUUGUAAGAUUCUUAAUAAAAACACGCAACACUUUUUAUAAAAUAGACGCAGUUCAUAUUGUGUUAAUUUACUAACCUUAUAAAGAGAGAAAUAAAGGGAUCACGCGAAUGUUUUAAUAUAUAUAAAGGGUUAUUAUGCUAUUUAUUUAUUUAACAAAGUUGUUACACAUAUUUUUUUAAUAUAACCUAAUUUAGGAUCAUAAUUCCAUAAUUAUUACGUAAUUGGGCUUAGUUGGUGAAAUUCUGAUACUCCGAAAUAAUAAUAAUAUUAUUAUUCAUAAUAUUUAAUAAUAACUCUCUAAUCUUUGACAUAUUAAUUCUUUGAAAUACAAUGAUUUAAAGUUUUAUAUAUACAUAAAAACAG